UGCACAGCUGAAACUGAAAGUAAAGUUCCUGCACAGGAUCCAUUUUGAUUUGACGUUGCAGUAUAAUAUAAAUGUUUCAAUAUUUGAACUGUAAAAGGUAUAAUCAGAGAGAGAGAAGAGGGGACUGCCUCUAAAAUGAGUCUUACUGGGGAGAGGGAGUUUGAGGGCUCUGCCUCUAAAAUCUGUAUUUUUGGUGAACAUGACACCACAGCUAAGAGGGUAAAACGGCAGAAGAGACCAGCCUCCCCUGUGCCCAGUUGUGUGUCCAUGAAGAGUGACUGGUCUAUGGGUGAACCUUUGAACUUCAAAACAGGAGAUUCAGGAGACCAACAGGAGAGAUCAGAGUCUGAGAUUCUCAGUGGUGAAUCUGUCCAGAGUCAAACAGACCUGUCUUCUAUAUUCAGUUUACUUGAACAGAAUAUCAUGAUAUUUGUGAAGAAAGAGUUAAAGAGGUUCAAGACAAUGCUGAGUUCAGAUCUCACAGAAGGAUUUAAGAGUCAGAGGGAGGAUGAGGAAGGUGUGGACCCUGAAGAUGAGAAGCAGGAGAGCAGUGCCAAAGAGGGGGCUCUGAAGAUCACACUGCAUGUCCUGAGGAACAUGAACCAGAAGGAUCUUGCUGACACACUGGAGAAAAAUGAGCUUGCUGUGAUUUACCAACAUGAUCUCAAAUCUUACCUGAAGAAGAAGUUUCAGUGCUUAUUUGAGGGUAUUGCUAAACAAGGGAACCCAACACUUCUCAAUAAGAUCUACACAGAGCUCUACAUCACAGAGGGUGGAAGUGGAGGAGUCAAUAAUGAACACGAGGUGAGACAGAUUGAGACAACAUCCAGGAAACAAGCAAGACCAGAGACAGCAAUCAAAUGUAAUGACAUCUUCAAACCCAUACCUGGACAAGAAAAAACUAUCAGAACUGUGAUGACAAAGGGAGUCGCUGGAAUUGGAAAAACUGUUUCUGUGCAGAAGUUCAUUCUGGACUGGGCUGAAGGAAAAGCAAAUCAGGAAUUCCAAUUUGUAUUUCCCCUCCCUUUUAGGGAGUUGAAUUUAAUGAAAGGGGAUCAUCUCAGUUUGAUCCAACUCAUCAAUCAUUUCUCAGUUGAAACCAAAAAAGCAAGAAUCACUAACUACAACAAAUACAAAGUUCUGUUCAUCUUUGAUGGUCUGGAUGAGUGUCGACUGCCCCUUGACUUCCAGAACAACAAGAGCUGUUAUGAUGUGACAGAGUCAACCUCAGUGGAUGUGCUGCUGACAAACCUCAUCAAGGGAAAUCUGCUUCCCUCUGCUCUCCUCUGGAUAACUACCAGACCUGCAGCAGCCAAUCAGAUCCUUUCAGAGUGUGUUGACCAGGUGACAGAGGUGAGAGGGUUCAAUGACACACAGAAAGAGGAGUACUUCAGGAAGAGAUUCAGUGAUGAGGACCUGGCCAGCAGAAUCAUCUCACACAUAAAGACAUCAAGGAGCCUCCACAUCAUGUGUCACAUACCAGUCUUCUGUUGGAUCGUUGCUACAAUCCUGGAGCACAUGUUGACUACAGAUGAUAAAGGAGAGCUGCCCAAGACCCUAACAGACAUGUACUCACACUUCCUUGUGUUUCAGUCCACACACAGGAAUGUAAAGUAUGAUGGGAAAAAAGAGACCGAUCCACACUGGAUUAAAGAGAACAUUCUGACACUGGGAAAACUGGCUUUUAACCAGCUACAGAAAGGCAAUCUGAUAUUCUAUGAAGAAGACCUGAAAGAGUGCGGCAUUGAUAUCAAUGAAGCAUCAGUGUACUCAGGAGUCUGUACACAGAUCUUUAAAGAGGAAUGUGGGCUGAACCAGGACAAGGUGUUCUGCUUUGUCCAUCUGAGUAUUCAGGAGUUUCUAGCUGCUGUCUAUGUGUUUCUAACAUUCAAAAACAGCAAUAAGAAUCUAUUGGAUGAACAACAAUCAACUUUCAUAACACGUCUCCUCUGGACAAUACCUGAAAUAGAUUUUCACAGGACUGCUGUGGAUAAAUCCUUCCAGAGUAAGACUGGACACCUGGACCUUUUCCUUCGCUUCCUUCUGGGUCUCUCACUGGAGUCAAAUCAGAACCAUUUACGAGGUCUACUGACAAAGACCAGAAGCAGUUCACAGAGCCAUAAAGAAACAGUCAAGUACAUCAAGGAGAAGAUCAGGGAGAAUCCCUCUUCAGAGAAGUGCAUCAAUCUGUUCCACUGUCUGAAUGAACUGAAUGACCAUUCUCUAGUGGAGGAGAUCCAAAGAUACCUGAGUUCAGGACGUCUCUCCAGAGAAGAACUGUCACCUGCACAGUGGUCAGCUCUGGUCUUUGUGUUACUGACUUCAGAAGAGGAGAUUGAUGUGUUUGACCUGAAGAAAUACUUCACAUCAGAGAAAGGUCUUCUGGGGUUGUUGCCAGUGAUCCAAACCUGCAGAACUGCUCUGUAA